GUUUUCCGAAAAUGCUGUGUACUCGUGGCAUACAAAGAUAAAUUAUCGCAUUUUGCAAAAAUAUGGCUGGAUAUUACGGACCUAUCGGAGUUGUUCUGGAUGAAGAUAUUAACCGUGCUUCAAGAAAAAUUACAGAAAGAAGAGACGAGGAUGAUGUCAGACAGCACGGAUUGUUGGGAUCAGCCCUCAACCAGUGGCAGAGACCGAUCACUGACUUUGGCGAUAGUGAUCACCAGUGGGUAGUCAGUCUAAAGUCGUCACCCUAUAUAGGUGAAAUAGACUUUGGACGUAAGGAAUGGGCACGAUCUCGCGAAGCAGUUGAUGCUGUUAUGGAGUUGCUACAGAAAGAAAUGCGAGCCAAGGCUGAAGCUAAUUAUGAGCAUCUUAGAAUUGAUUCAUACAUUCGACAAGGCAGUUCACGAGAUGGUUUGAAAGUCAUCAAACCGGAUGAGUUUGAUACAGUUAUAGAGUUUCAUAUCGAGGGAUUGCAAUUUUCAGAAAAGCGUAUUUACAAGAACAGAAAAUACGUUCCAGGCUUCUGCUACCUUCAAAUUGAACAAAGACCCGAUAUACUACAAAAACGAUAUCCAAGGCUUUGGCGGGAAGGUGUGUUUCAAGUAGACGGAGAGGGGUGCGUUUGUUUCAGUUCAAGGAAGAUGCAUCAAAGGGUGUUUGUGUCCCUGAUCGAUCAAUCCUGUCGUGCUAUUGAAGAGAAAAUUGCAGCAAUUAAACGCUCACGGAACGUCAGUUUUCACAUUACGCGCCGAAUGAACCCCCCUGCCAUCAACAUAACUAUCCAUCUUGACGAUGAGGCUAACGAUCUGUUUAUGAAGCAGGGCCAGAUCAGAGACCGUAGUGAUGUUGUCCGAGAAAUUGAUUUAGACAUCGUUCCCGCAAUACGUCUGAGAGUUGACAAGGAUACAAGAUACAAUGGCAACCCAGUAAACGCAGUUAUCCAUGCUGUUUGCAAAUGGAAAGAGGAAGACGCAGCAAAGACGCUGGAAAUUGCCGAUCAAAUGCUGGUUUGGCAUAUCAAUUCAGCUGGCUACGAGAGAUACACCCUUGACGUCGCAAGAACUAAUCAAAAGCAGAAGUACAUACUGACGGCGCUCCGAAUACUCAAAACCUACUUUACUAAAACGAAUGCCGCUGCGAAAAAGGAAAACCGGGCUCCACCACCAAUCGCAAAUAUCCUUAAGUCGUACCAUCUGAAACAGAUAGCAAUAUAUCUGAUUCUCUUUGCAUGUCACACCUACCCAACUAUGCGGAUUGAUGGAGCCAAACGAGCGCUUGCAUGUCUUGUUUCUCUGUUGGAAACAACACUGAAUGCAAAACAUUUGCCACAUUUCUUCUAUUCAAAUUCAAUGAUUGGUAGAAUGUUUCAAAAUUAUCGAGUGGAAAGUGGCGCUCUUCGAUUUGAUCUAUUUCGAAAAAUAUCGGACGAAGCUCUCCGCCAGGCACAACUUUCUUUUGACAAUCACCUGCUCAAAGACAUAGGGUUCAAUAGGGGUGAAGGUGAUGAUGCCGAUCUAACAACCUUAACUUCCAGUUUUUCGAAUGAAAUUGGGCAUGGCGAGUACUUUUAGAAUAUAAUUCUUCGCUCUCAAAAGCAACAUAAUUUUCAACAGAAGCUAUACAGAACUUAUUUAGACGGGCUGACGAUUUAAUUAUAUAUUUUUAUGUCCUUGUAUAGACAAACAAUCUUUGACUUUGGCGCAUAAUCAAGUUUUCAAAGAGACAUGAUGUCAACGCAGCUUGAAUGUUAUUGGAAACAGUGCAUUUUACAUUUGAUUACGUCUGAUCCUUGCUGAAAAGACCUCAACAUUGGAAGGCAGGGCAGUUUCAAUAUAAGAAUAAUCGUCAAUUUGCUAUUAUACAGUAUGUUAAUUAUGAUAUUAACUGAAGAUGACAAUAGCAAUUUGUUUAAAUGCUAAAUUCAACUAUAGAAGAAUCACAUCUAUAACUUAAUAAAUCACAUAUAAGAAGUACA